GUGGGAGGGGAGGUUGAGGUGGUAAGACGAUGCAGCAGGCAGAGACAGAAUGAGAAGACUCACAGAGGACAGAGGGACAACAAUGACAUCCUCCUGGAAGCAGCAGCUGGUUCUGAUCCUCCAGAUUCUCGUCUCCUGCAGACACGUCAACACAAUGACCGCAGGCCCGACCCCAGGACCGUUUGUUCCCGUCACACCUCUGGAAUCGGACAAAAAAGGCGCCAUCUUGGAAGGUGAGCAUCUUGUUGUGACAGUGGAUCUGGUGAAGCCCGUCAAUAUGACCCUGGAGUGUACCUGGACAGGUAGCCAGAUCAAACCGCAAAACGUAACGGCUCACUGGCAGAAAGAUGGAGAGGAAGUUCCAGACAGUCGUGUCACAGUGGUGCUGAAGAAAGAACAAUACAUCCUCUCACGAGUGUUCGAGAUCGUCAAUCAGGAAAACCUCGGAAACUACUCAUGCGUGUUUGAGGAUGACGAUAGAAUAGAUUUUAUUUUUAGAGUUCCACAGAUCGGUGAGAAGCGAGACAAGCCUAUAGUGAGCUAUAUGGGAGAUUCAGUGGUGAUGACAUGUAAAAUGGAGGAAGCCAAGCCAAAGCCCAAUACCUGGAACUGGUAUAAGUCCAAUGGGACGGACAAGGAGCAGAUCAUUAUUGUCGCUGGCCGCUAUAAGAUCAGCAACGACGAUUGGAAGACCAAGCUGAAGGUGGGGAAAUUGUCUUUCGCUGACUCGGGUCAGUAUUACUGCGGCGCCGUGUACCCCAUCGGCACCUCGAUAAGCCAAGUGGGGCUGAAGGUGAUCAGCAUCAUGGAGCCUCUGAAGCCUUUCAUCGCCAUCCUGAUCGAGUCUCUCGUUCUGGUUGUCGUGAUUCUCUUUUACGAGAUGAGAAGGGCAAAGAAAAACAACGCCGAAGUAACGCUGACUACUGAUGAACAAAAGAGCACAGAACCCCAAGAAGAUAAAGGAGCAGAGGGAAGCAGUUCAGUAAGACAGCGCAAAGCUUAAAGACAACAGAUCAACAGGUUAUAGCAGAGCGCAAGAAAAAAUGUUAUGUUUAAGAGCUCUGACGCAAUAUGUAAACUGUUAUCAAAACUGCAAUAAUCUCCACCUAAUCGCCACCGUUGACUGUUAUACAAGUUUCCUGUUUAACCGUUGUAGUAGUAAAUGUAUUUUUUGGUUUUCACGAACCACUUCCCUUCUGUUCACCCACUUCCUGAAGAGAAACUGAAAAACGUGCAAUUUCCUGUAUCCCUUCUCGGCCAAGUUGAAAGUUCUUGUUUGUAUUCAUUAAACGCAAAGAGACAAAACACGUCGACUUAACUUUUCAUAAAUACAACAAAGUAGAACUCCGGACCGUCUAGAGGGGGACGUUUUAUUG